AUGAGCGAGCAACAGGCGGCAUCCGAGGCCGAGAAGAAUAUCGAGAUAUGGAAGGUUCGCAAACUUAUCAAACGCCUUGAAGCCGCUCGCGGUAAUGGCACCAGCAUGAUUUCCUUGAUCAUCCCUCCUAAGGAUCAAGUCUCAAGAGCAGCCAAGAUGUUAGCUGAAGAAUAUGGAACUGCCUCGAACAUCAAGUCUCGUGUCAACCGACAGUCCGUACUCUCAGCCAUCACCUCGACACAGCAGCGACUCAAGCUCUACAACAAGGUCCCGCCCAAUGGUCUUGUCGUCUACUGUGGUGAAAUUUUGACCUCGGAAGGAAAAGAGCGCAAGGUCAACAUCGACUUCGAGCCCUUCAAGCCAAUCAACACCUCUCUCUAUCUCUGCGACAACAAAUUCCACACCGAAGCUCUCGCUGAGCUGCUGGAGUCUGAUCAGAAAUUUGGUUUCAUCAUCAUGGAUGGUAAUGGAGCCCUCUUCGGUACACUCAGCGGAAACACUCGCGAUAUCGUCCACAAAUUUUCAGUCGAUCUUCCCAAGAAGCACGGCCGUGGUGGUCAAUCCGCCCUUCGUUUCGCCCGUCUCCGAGAAGAGAAGCGCCACAACUACGUGCGAAAAGUCGCCGAGUUGGCUGUGCAGAACUUCAUCACCAAUGACAAAGUAAACGUCGCCGGUAUCAUUCUGGCUGGUUCUGCGGAUUUCAAAAACGACCUAAACGGUUCCGACAUGUUCGACAAUCGGUUGGCAACUAAGGUCAUCAAGGUCGUAGAUGUCUCUUAUGGGGGCGAAAAUGGCUUUAACCAGGCCAUUGAACUGUCUGCAGAGACUCUGAGCAAUGUCAAGUUCAUCCAGGAGAAGAGGCUCAUUGGCAAAUACUUCGAGGAGAUUAGCCAGGACACGGGCAAGGUCUGCUAUGGUAUCGAAGACACCCUCAAGGCGCUGGAGCUGGGUGCUGUUGAGAUUCUAAUCGUCUUUGAAAACCUUGAGAUCACUCGAUGGGUCUUGAAGGAUAGUACCGGCGUUGAGCACCUAAUGCACACAACGAAGUUGCAGGAGACAAGCAGCCGCGAUUGGGCAAUGGAUAAAGAUACUGGCCAGGAGAUGGAGAUUAUUUCUCAGGACUCCUUCCUUGAAUGGAUCGCUGAGCACUACAAGGACUUUGGUACAACCCUUGAGUUCGUUUCGGACCGAUCGACCGAGGGCAACCAGUUCGUCAAGGGUUUCGGUGGUAUCGGCGGCAUUCUCCGAUACAAGGUCAAUUUUGAGCAGUUAGCUGAAGUUGAUGACGACGAUGACUACUACGACGAUUGA